AUGCCUUCUCGGCUGGUCAAUCUGGCGACAGGGAUUAUGGUUAUCCUAGCUGGUCUCCACCAAGGUGUUGUUGCUGCCCCAAGCAUGCCCAUCUCCGACCCCGUCAUGCCUCAACUUCGGGGUGUGCAGCCGUGCAUCACCACGACGCAUCUUGUGGGCGACGGCGACCCUCACCAAAAUUAUAAGCUUCGCCAGGUGACGGAGCCAACUACGUGCGAUCCUACACACACUUGCCAGACCGGGUACGGCAAGGGAGGGUCUUUCGGCGUUGAGGUCGGCCUCAGCGGCGAGUACGAGUGGAUCUCUGGCGGAUUUGCAGUGUCCAAGGAGUGGUCCGAGGAGGAGCAGCACCUGUGUGACGGCGAUCCCGGCGACACCGUCUGUGUCUGGUACAACAUGGCCUACACGGCCUACACCGUCCAGAACGGCUACCAGGGCGACUGUCUUGAUGUGCAGGUCGACCCGUAUGUCAUGUGGUCUCCCAACACCAACAAUGCCGGUGGUGGCUACUACUGCGUUGUGGGCACCUGCCGCAACAUCAAUGCUGAGUACUGGGACUACAACGGCCGGGCUGGUGGCCCUUGA